GACAACCGGAUGUUAAAAUAGCGACAAGCGCAUGCAACAUCUUUCUUUAUUCUUUUGAGUAGCGUAAAAUCGUGAACCAACUUUAUCGCGUACCGCUAGCAACCCGAACAACGAACAAGUAGCGGCUCGUCUCAAUUGACUGCGUGCGCAAUAAUGGUGGUGUAUGUUCUCGGGUGUAGAAUAUAGUUAUUCUACUUGAAAUGGACAUUACAGACCUCAAGUGACGUUGUUAUCUGUCGUGUCGUGCCAUCUUUUCCUAGAUAUAUAGUGUAGAUUUCGUAUCUUUUUCUAAAUAUACUGCAAAAGACCACAACACGUCUGCUGUAGUUAAUCGGUAAUUUUAAUAUAAUUUCGUUUUCAUUUUGUACAAUGCAAUGUGUUCAAUGGUGGACUUCAAGUGGUAAAUAAAGUACCUGGACACAUCUUUGGUCUGCUAAAAUUCAGUUUUGGAUGCAGGGGUUGCGUAGGAGUGACUCGCGGGUACCCCGCGCCGCCUAGCCGCCUAUACAAACGGCGGUGUGGCUGCGCCUGAUUAGAUUAUACGGUAGCGCGCACCGUGGAGCCGCACGAGGGUCGACUGUUGCGGAGGGUGCGGCGGCAGCAUGGACGCCAGCAAGGCAGAGGAUCCCAGGAUGGAUGAACUUAACAAUAAACAGAGGCAGGCCACACGGGUGUUCAAGAAAAGUUCGCCAAAUGGCAAGAUAACAGUGUAUUUAGGUAAAAGAGAUUUCGUAGACCACAUCACACAUGUAGAUCCUAUAGAUGGAGUGGUACUAAUCGAUUCGGAGUACGUGAAGGACCGGAAGGUAUUCGGACACGUACUGGCUGCGUUUCGUUACGGACGCGAGGACCUGGACGUUUUGGGGCUCACGUUCCGCAAGGAUCUAUACCUGGCCGCUGAACAGAUCUACCCGGUGACCGGGGGGGCGGGGCCCGUGCGGAGGCCGCUGACGCGAUUACAAGAGCGGCUGGUACGCAAGCUGGGCCCCAACGCGCACCCGUUCUACUUCGAGUUGCCUCCGCACUGCCCCGCCUCGGUAACGCUGCAGCCUGCGCCCGGGGAUACUGGCAAACCAUGCGGCGUCGACUACGAGUUGAAAGCUUUCGUCGCAGACUCGCAAGAUGAUAAGCCGCACAAGAGGAAUUCAGUACGAUUAGCUAUCAGGAAGAUAAUGUAUGCGCCGAGCAAACAAGGCGAGCAGCCGUCCGUUGAAGUGUCCAAGGAGUUUAUGAUGAGUCCCAACAAAUUGUACCUAGAAGCCUCACUUGAUAAGGAGCUGUAUCAUCACGGUGAAAAUAUAGCGGUGAAUGUACACAUCGCGAACAACUCCAACCGGUCGGUGAAGCGCAUCAAGGUGUCGGUGCGGCAGUUCGCCGACAUAUGCCUCUUCUCCACCGCGCAGUACAAGUGCACCGUCGCCGAAGCAGAGAGCGAGGAAGGCUGUCCUGUGGGUCCAGGUUUCACGCUCAGCAAGGUUUUCACUCUGACGCCCCUACUCGCCAACAAUAAAGACAAGUGGGGACUUGCGCUUGACGGUCAACUCAAACAUGAGGACACCAACCUCGCUUCUAGCACGCUAAUUGCGGACGCAACGCAGCGAGAAAAUUUAGGUAUUAUAGUACAAUACAAAGUCAAGGUGAAACUGUGCCUCGGACCUCUUGGCGGGGACCUGAGCGCGGAGCUACCGUUCAUCCUGAUGCAUCCGAAGCCGGAGGAGGAGUCGGUGCGGCCGCUGCCCGAGCCGCCGCGCGUCGACCACGACCUCAUACAACUCGACCUGCAUCCGGACGAGAAUGGUCAAGAACAAGAUGACGAUAUAAUAUUUGAAGACUUCGCGCGGCUGCGGCUGAAAGGCGGUGAGACGGACGCCUGAGCACGUCCCUUCCGCCCCCACUGCCCCCGGAGCCCCCCCUGCCCCCGAUGCCCCCACGGCCCCGUCGACUCGCACCAAUCUAUGCACAACUCGACACGGACAAACAUACGCAGUGUGACCUUUUACGCUAACGUAGAAUUUGUGAUUAAGCAAAAGAAAUUUUAUACGGGUUCAAAAUCACAAUGUGUGUAAAGAAUUAUAAUUGAUACAGUUCAGUGGUAUAACAUUACUGAUAGGCCAGUUGGAGUUUUACAAGACAGCCUGAAGAACUGUUUUCAUACACGAACGAGAUGGGUUCACUGAUUUGUAUAACAUAGCAAUUAUGUCCACAUACCCAUAGACAAUAGACAAAACGCCGUAUCCCCUUACCUAAUUUCUUCUUAGUGACUCUUCUAUAUGGUUAUAUAUAAAUAGAUGAAAUUCUAAUUCAGUUUUGUUUACAAAAACAACAGUAUCUAUUCACUAAUAAUUGCUUGUUUUAUAUUAAUGUUGAAGCCGAAUUUACAUUAUGAAACUAAUGUAACAAUAAAUGACAAUUGAAAACUCCGCCCGUUUCAAAGCUUUUGUAAUACGAAAUUGAAAUAAAUGUGAAACUAUUUUUAUACUACUGGUUUCGUAAUGUAAAUUGGUAUUUACAGUUCAUGUAAUUAGAGAAAUGUUCUGCGGUGAAUGUUAAUGAAGAGAUCUUAAGGCGCGAUGUAUGUGAUAAUGAACAAACUAACCAAUGAGGCAUUCUGUCCAUGAUCGUAAUACUACUGGAAAGAAAUAGCCACAAUAUAGGAAUCAUAUUAUAAUAAUAAUAAACAACGCCAUCUAGUACCAAGCUAAACACAGCUUGUGUAAAAAAAAAGUAUUUC